AAAGUGACUUAGCGAGAAAACCAAAAACAAAUUCAAAGUUUCUAAAACAGCAAUAAAUUUAAAAAAAAAAUUGUUGAGUGAAAAUUUUCUAAAAACUCAAGAAGAAGUGAAAAUCAUUUAGUUACUUUUAAAAUAAAGACUUUGAAAGUGAAAAAAAUCCACAACAAUGCAAUACCAAAGUGCCAACAACAAACGCCUGAUUAUGCUGCGCUACGCCUUCAGCUUUGCCUGUUUACUCUCACUUCUGCUGCUGCUCACCAGCUACGCACCCACCGUGCAGGCGCGUCCCAUGGACCUGUACGACGAUGUCGGCGAUUUCUUCGAUGCCGUCUCACUGGACGAUGUGCCCGUCUCAGGGCGCACAGCACCGGAAACCUUCUGCCGCAUGCCGAUACGCAAGGGCGUGUGCCGCGCGCUCAUACCGCGCUUCAGCUACGAUCCCAGCCGCAAAACUUGUGUGGAGUUCAAAUUCGGUGGCUGCGAUGGCAACGAGAACAACUUCUCCAGCUAUGAGGCGUGCAUGGCCACGUGUGAGGGCAUGUAAAUCUCUCUCUCUGUGUGUGUGUGUGUAUAAGCGCCGCUUAAGUGUAGAAAUGUUCCUCAUACGCCCUGAAAUUGCCAAUUGCAGGCUCCAAGCAUGACAUCCCAACGCAUCAUCAUCUUUAAUAACAGUUAUUUGCAUAUUUGAUCAGCUAACGGUCAAGCAAUAAGUUUAUGGCGCUUCCAUUAAACGUGUUCAUGGCAUUUAUUUACAUACUUUUAGUUGUUAGUGUAUUUUAUUUUUAUACUUUUAUGCAUAAAAACGCAACUUCAAUGCACCAACGCACAUUUUCCAUUGGCUUCCAAAUGAAAUUUAAUUUAAUUUCAACGUUUGUGAUAAAUUUUGGUUUAUA